GCUUCAGCCAGCAGUCGUGCUGCGCGUGCUGCUGCGGGUGUUGAACAGAGGCGGUGGGGUGCGCGUCACUCAGCCGUGCUAUCGAUAACGGCGGCGCGACUUUUUAUACCAUCACUAUCCGUGGGCCACCGUCCAACGGCAUCCGGACUUCGACUGCGAUUCUGACCUCUACCGCACGGCAGUCCCCACCCACUGCACUGCACCGCCCAGGAAGCUGUACGCUUGCGUCAUGACCGUGGUCCUUGCGGACGUGACCGUGGGCGUGCUGGCGCUGCAGGGCGCCUUCAGCGAGCAUGUGCAGCUGCUGCGCGCGGCGGCCGAGUCGCUUGCGCUCAAGGGUGCACCUGCGCAGUCGCCGCCAAAGUGGAGCUUCGUCGAGGUCAGGACGCCCGACGAGCUGGCGCGCUGCGACGGGCUCAUCAUACCCGGCGGCGAGAGCACCGCCAUAUCGCUCGUGGCUGCGCGCUCUGGCCUGCUGGAGCCGUUGAGGGAUUUCGUCAAAGUGCUCCGCAAACCCACGUGGGGGACAUGCGCCGGACUGAUUCUGUUGGCCGAGUCUGCAAACAGGACCAAGAAGGGCGGCCAGGAUCUCAUUGGGGGGCUCGACGUAAGAGUCAACCGGAACCAUUUUGGACGCCAAGUCGAAAGCUUCCAGGCAAAUCUCCAGCUUUCUUUCCUCGGCGAUACCGUCGACAAGUCCGCCAACGAGCCCUACAGAUGCGUCUUCAUCCGGGCGCCCGUUGUCGAGAAAAUUCUCCCGCACAGAGACGGCGUGCAGACCGAGGAACAAUCGCGCGAGGCCACCGUCGUUGCUCCGUCCAAGGCUCCUGGAGACAAGCUUGCUGAAAAGGAAACGACAGCGCAGGUCGAGGUCAUGGCCACGCUCCCGACACAGACGCCUGCGCUGCAGGCCAACCCGGAACACGACCACGCCGGAAGCGAGGACAUCAUUGCCGUGCGACAAGGCAACGUCCUGGGCAUCAGCUUCCACCCAGAGCUGACUGCGGAUCCGCGCAUACACGUGUGGUGGCUAGGGGAGGUGUUGAAGGCAGUCGAGCGCAGACGGCAGUUCGAGGUUGUGGAUCGGUCGGCUUCCUAGCUGUCAGUGAUGUGAGCAUAAGCGCGCAUAUGCAUACAAGCGGGCGGCGUUGGGAUAGACAUGUGCAGGAAGGUAUCUGAUUUGUUAGGCCAUUGCAUGUAUCUAGCUCUGCUGUCGAGCAGAGA